AUGGAGGAUUUUAGUGAACAUACUGUAAAAGAGCAAUUUGAUGAUGAAGAUGACCCUAUAACUGAUGAUGAUGAUAUAGUGGUUUUGGAAGGAGACCUUUCGGAAUCAGAUAUUGACGAUGUACCAUUUUUUGAUGUUUCCAAUGAAUCUUCUGCUAUUCUUUUGAGUAUAUCUGAAUCAAUAUGUAGUGUAAAAUUUCACCCUUUUAAUGGGACUAAAGCAGUUUUUGGAGGAUGCAACAAUAUGGCUUAUAUAACAAAAUUACCAAGAAAAUAUAUUGAACCAUCUAAUUCUGGUCCUGUAGAAAUUCUAUAUAGUGAAGUUUUAUCUGGUCACCAAGAUAGUGUAUCAGACAUUUCAUUCUCUUGUGAUGGUUCAUACUUUGCAACUGCAGGAUGUGACGGCACUGUUCGUGUAUAUACAAGUAACACAGAAACUCAGUUAACUGAACUAUUAUGUGUAUUAGAAGGUCCAACAGAUGAGUUGGAAUUUAUAAGUUGGCAUCCCAAGGGCCCUGCUAUCCUUGGUGGAAGCUAUGACUCUACAGGUUGGCUAUGGACAGUUCCAAAUGGAAAUGUAGUUUCAGUACUUUCGGGUCAUGGUGAAAGUAUUACUUGUGGAGAUUUUAGUAUUGAUGGAAGAACAAUAUAUACAGGUUCACUGGAUGGAUCUAUAAUAACGUGGGAUGCAAAAACAGGUAGAAGCAUCUUUAAAUUUCAAAGGACAACUCUAGCUGAUGAUGGAAUUGUUUCUCUACAAAGUCAUCAUACAAAUAGCAUAGUAGUAGCAGGAUCCUUGAAUGGUAUAGUUAGCCUUAUACAGCCAGAUACUGGUAAGAUACUAACUAAGCUCACUGGACAUUCAGAAUCUGUAGAAAGUCUUCAAUUUUGUUAUUCUGCUGAUCAACCCUUAUUAGCUUCAGGAGAUAUGAAUGGAAACUUAAUUAUUUGGGAUUAUAAUCAAUCUAGGGAUAAAGUUAUAAUGAAACAUGAGAAAUAUGACCAUUCAAUUAAUGUUCUACCGGGAAUUGUGAGAGUAAUUUGGAAUCCAAACGAUAUAUUCUCAGUUAUAACAGGUUGUAUAGAUGGUACAAUUCGCAUUUGGGAUUACCGACUUGCAUCUUGUGUCAAAGUACUGAGAGGUCAUAGAAGUGGAAUUCUGAAUUUGGAUAUAGCUAGAAACAAUGACUCAUUUGAAAACUUUGGACUGAGAAUAAUUUCCACAGGUGAUGAUGGACAAUGUUUACUAUGGGACAUCAGAAAGUGAAAUACAAAACUAUAAGUUAAAAAUACAUUAGAGAGGGUGUCUAAUAAUUUAUGAAUAAAUCUAAUGAUAACUCAGCCUCUAACAGAUAAUCUUCAAUACGUCCUGCAGAGCUUUUGUAUACUGAUUUAAAGCUUGAACAAUGUCAUCAUCUGCAGAUUCCCUGUUUUGAGUUUCUUUUGCUAAUCCAUUCUUUAAGUGAGCUACUUCCUCUAAGACAAAAUUCUGGAAUUUAUCUUGAUUCUUCUCUAUCUUGUCUCUUAAUUGGUAGAAAUCAUCUUGCAUAGUUUGUAUAAUAGUUUC